AUGACGGCGAAGGAGAUCAAAAGGAUCAUGGAGAAGGAGACUUCGAGGGUGAAGAGCCUCAGCUUCCAUCCAAGCAAGCCUGUGAUUAUUUCUGGGCACCACAGUGGGUCCAUAAGGGCAUGGGACUACCAAAUGGGCGCCUGCAUCCACGAAUUUCUUGACCAUGACGGGUCUGUGAGGGCUGUGUUAUUUCAUCCCCGAGGAGACUUUUUUGUGAGCGGAGGAGACGAUAAGGUCAUAAGAGUGUGGAGUUACACCGAAAGAAGGAUCACAAACCGGCUCAAGGGGCAUGAGGACUUUGUCAGGUCGUUAGACUUCCAUCCAACAAAGCCAUGGAUUCUUAGUGCGUCUGAUGAUCAAACAAUAAUGGUAUGGAAUAUGCUCACAGGAAAGCUCCUUGCAACUGCCAGGGGACAUUGUCACUAUGUGAUGGCAGCCAGGUUUCUAGGAGAGGAGACUAUUGUGAGCGGGUCCCUGGAUCAAUCCAUAAGAAUCUGGGACUGCAGAGGGCUGAAGGAAGGAAGUAAGAAGAACUCACUACUACCCGACAUAGUCAUAAAGCAGAUUGUGGAUGGACACGAUAGAGGAAUCAAUACGAUUGCGGUCAAGGAUCAAGUCUUCGUUAGUGGAGGAGAUGAUAGAGACAUUAAGUGUUGGGAAUGGUCGGAUACAUCUGUCUGGGAGAAAGAGGUUAUGUACAACCAUCAAGGGCCUGUGACCGGGCUUUUGUGUGAUGGAAAAUACAUAUUGAGCUCUGGCGAGGACGGGCUGUUUUCGGUAUACGACACAGAGGGCAGAAAGUCUGUUGAGUGCCGUACAGAAGGGAGGUAUUGGUGUGUGGCUAGCAAAGAGAAUUUGUACGCAGCAGGCCAUGAUUCUGGAUUUGAAGUGUAUCUUUAUUCUGAGCCGAAGAUUGUCUGUGUAGACGGCGAGGGUCUCUUUUAUUUGAGGGAUUCCAAGAUUUACUUCAGCGAUUUCAAGACUGAGAAGAUGCUCUUCAAGGUGAAAAAGGACGUGGUUUCUAUUUGCUCCAAAAGUCCUUAUCUUCUUGUACAGUACUACGAUAGAUUUGAUGUUCUUAUGGAAGGAAAGGUUAUUUUGGGGGAAUCUGGGGAGGGAGCCUUGUUUAGGAACUCGAAUGGUGAUAUGGAGCUGAUUGUAAAGAACGAGGAUGGAGCCUUCAGAGGGGACAUGAAUUCAAAGAACAGAAGCCUUCUUUCUUCCUCCAAAGGAAGGCUGCUCAAGGGGAACGAUGACUUCUUUUUCUUAGUUAAUGGAAGAAGCAUCACGAUGUGCUUUGUUGAGGGGGAAGAAAGAUCGUUCAGCAUUCCCUUCAAUCCAACAAAGGUGGCCUGCUCAAAUGACAGGAUAUCGUUUAUUGGGAGCAACGACAUUCUGGUCUAUGAUCUUGACUUGAAUCCUGUAAAUAGCAUCAAUGAGAUAGCCUCUAUUGUGGAUGGGUUUUUCUAUGAAGACGUCUUUGUGUAUGCAACUUACAGGCACCUAAAGUAUGCGUUUGAAGAUUCAGGGGUUCUGAAGAGUAUUGAGAAGCCUAUAGUUCCAUUUGCUCUUGAGGAGGGAAAGGUCGUUUACUUCUUGUCUGAUGACGGAAUUGAAUGCACCGAUGUGGACUUAACAGAAAUAAGAUUCAAGAAGGCUGUUCUGACUGGAGAAGAUGUUACUUCUCUGAUCGAGGAAGGAACGAUGCCUGGGCUUGCACCUCUCUCCUAUCUUGUUAGGCAAAAGAAGGGGGCACUGGCCCUUCCGUACAUUAGGGAUAGUAGGCAGCGGUUUGAGCUCUGUCUCAGUGAUGCGAGGUUAGAUGAGUGCAUGGAAUAUUGCAUUGAGGAAGGAGACGGAGAUAUGAACAGGAGACUUGCAGAUACGGCCAUAAGGGAGUGUAGGGUAGAUAUAGCAGAAAGAUGCCUUGAAAACAUAAAGGAAUGGAAUAUGUUGUUUAUGCUUUAUGUAUGUUCGAAGGACAAUGAGAAGAUCAGGAGACUUGUGGAUAAGGUAGACUCCGUCACAAAAAACAUGAUCAUGAUGUACUUAGAAGAUGUUGAGUAUUUCCAAAGGAUUGGGGUGAUUGGCAAGUAUGAAGGUAGGAGCGAGGAGAAAGAAGCGGCCCUUGAGGAUGAGGAGUGCAACCAUAUGGAGUCGGAGGCAUCUGGUUCUCUCAGGCUCAAAUCAUCAGCCUCGAGUGAUGCCCUACAAGAAUAUGAAAGCUAUGAAAAGAACAGUUCCUUGCCUGAAUAUGAACCAAGCACACCUAGGACAAAAGAAGAGGGUAUGGCUAAGGACCUUCCCUUUGAUGAGAAAUCUUUGGACGAGAGCGGCCGUUUUGAAACCUCUGAAGACUUAGAUAAGAUAAUGGAGAAGGGGCUGUCUCUGACGACAGAAGGCAAGUUUGGAAGAGCUGUCGAGGCAUUUCUGGCGGGGAUUGUGAAAAUUGCAAUCUACAUACGCGACAAUAACGCAAGCGAAGCUUUUGUCGAGGAAAGAAGGAAAAUAGGGUCAUAUCUCUCUGGGUUAGCUGUGGAAAAAAUAAGAAGGAAGACGGAAUCACCUCUAAAGAACAUCAUGAUGGCUAAAUACUUUUCUGAGCUUCCGCUUGAAAAGGAGCACCAUGUCCUGGCGUCGUCUACUGCCAUCAUGGUUUUUAGAAAGAAUGGGAAUUUGAAGCAAGCAAAAGAGCUGGCGGUACUACUCAAAAAGGAAGGGGGUAACAGUAGAGCCAUUGAGAAGGCAACAGAGGAAGUAGAUCCAGAAGACAGGUACGAAGUUCCCGAGGGUGUAUUCUGCCACGACAUUCUCGAAAUAAGGCCUGUUGCAAAAACAUGUCUGCUAUGCUUUGUCAGAAGCGCACACGGCGAUGUAUGUACAAGUUGCAGGAUUGGUGUUCUCCAGUAA